GUUUGUCUUUGAAUCGCCUCUCCCGGUGGGCCGCCUUGUCUCCAUGGUAGCAGACAAAUCUCAGGUGUGCACGCAGCGCUCGUGGCGCCGCCCGUAUGGCGUGGGGCUGCUAGUGGCUGGCUUCGACCAGACCGGCCCGCACAUCUUUCAAACCUGCCCGUCGGGCAACUUCUGGGAAUUCCACGCCAUGGCGAUCGGGGCGCGUUCGCAGGCCUCCAAGACGUACCUGGAGCGCAAGUUUGAGUCGUUCGGGGCGUGUUCGCUGAACGAGUUGGUGCGACACGCGCUGCUGGCUGUGAAGGAGUCGCUGCAGGAGGGGGAGCUGAGUGGAGCCAACUGCAGUGUCUCUAUCGUUGGGGAGGGGCAAGCGUUCAGCAUUUUGACCGAUGCGCAGGUGCAGGAGCAUAUAGAUAGGAUGGAGAAUGAGGAGGAGAUGGGAGGAGACGAGCUACCAGGGCAGGGGAAGAAAGUCUGCGUCACGGGAGCAUCGGGCUUCGUCGGCAGCUACGUGGUGAAGAUGCUGUUGGAACGAGGCUACCACGUGCGGGGCACCGUCAGAAACCUCGACGACCCACGAACCAACUGGCUGCGCGGCCUCGCGGACGGCACGCCGGGCACAAUCCAGCUGUUCGCGGCGGAUCUAACGGCGCCGGGGAGCUUCGACGAGGCGGUGGAGGGGUGCGAGCUGGUGUGCCACGUGGCAGCGCUGAUGGCGACCAGUAAGAGCGACCCGCAGACGAUCGUGGCGGCGGCGCUGGAUGGCACGCGGAACGUGUUUGCCUCGAUUAUGAAGCACCAAUGCGCCAAGAAGGUAGUGCUGACGUCAUCAGUGGCAGCGGUAUCGGACAACAUGUUCCCAUCAGACCACGUCUUCACCGAGGCCGACUGGAACCGCCAGCUGUCGCUGCGCGCGCCCUACAGCAUGGGGAAGACGCUGGCUGAGAAAUAUGCGUGGCGGGUGGCGGACGAGCUGAGGGGCGUGGAGUGGAGAUUUGAUUUGGUCACUCUCUGCCCCAGUCUCGUGUUGGGGCCAGCGCUAAGAGAGGAGCACGUGAAGGGCAGCCUGCAGUCGGUGAAGCAGCUGUUGGACGGCACGCUGUUCCUGGCGCCCGACCUGCACUUUGGCAUCGUGCACGUGGCUGACGUGGCGCUGGCACACGUGUUGGCGCUGGAGAAGGACGGCAUGAAGGGGCGCUACAUCCUGUGCAAUGGCGACACCAUGUCGCUGCUACAGAUGGCCGAUGUGCUGCGCUCCAAGUACCCCAACUACCGUGUGCCAUCCAUGGGCAUGCCCGACUGGAUGGCCAUGCUGGCAGCCAUGGUGAACCCGGCCGUGGGCAUGGACUUCAUGCGGCGCAACCUGGGGGUGGUGCACCGGUACAGCGGCAGCAAGGCGGAGAAUGACAUGGGCAUCAUCUACCAGUCGUCGAGAGUCGCGCUUAUUGAGGCGGCCACGUCGAUUGUGGAGCUCGGUCUGCUUGAUAGGAAGUGA